CUGGCGCAAAGAGACGCGGGCAGAGCGGAGUGAGGACACAACGCUGAGAGAAGCCGAAGAAGGAGCAUUCAUGACAAACUGCGCGCUUGGACUAAACGAGAUGCGCUUUUAGCACUGUGCCAAACUAAACCACUACUUCCACUCACCGGGACGCGCUAGUUUUGGGAACAAUACAUCGGACCAAACCACAACUCUCACCAAACUUUAGCGGAUUAAUUCAUUCUCCUCUGAAAAUGGGUUUGAGACUGUUUUACGUCAAAGCUCCGGAGAUCGUAAGGUCAUUCCUGCGUAGCCCAUCUUCUCUUCUUUGUUUUGUGGGGCUAUUAUUAUUAACUGUUUCCCAGCCUGUCUGCGAGGCGUUCAACUUGGACGUGGAGAAACCAUCUGUUUAUAGCGGACCUCAGGGGAGCUACUUCGGAUAUGCCGUUGACUUUUAUUUGGCUGAAUCGCCCAGUGCCAGUGUUGUAGUCGGAGCACCCAAAGCAAGCACGUUGCAAGUUAACGUUACGGAGGGAGGAGCCGUCUUUUACUGCCCGUGGAGUAAUGGCCGGUCAGAUUGUUACGCCAUUGAGUUUGAUAAAGAAGGAGAUCGAACUGUCAACAUCAAUGAUACAGAAUAUCAGGCUGAUUUCAAGUCACGGCAGUGGUUUGGGGCGACGGUGCGUUCCCAUGGCGACACAAUUUUGGCCUGUGCCCCCCUGUACUCCUGGAGGACAGAAAAAGACAUCCCUCAUUCUGAUGCUACAGGAGCGUGCUACCUCUCAGCCCAGAAUUUCACCAAAUUUGUGGAAUACGCACCUUGCCGGACAGAAAUCAGUGAUAGAGGUGGACAAGGCUACUGCCAGGGAGGAUUCAGUGCUGAUUUCACCACGGAUGGCAAGGUGGUAUUGGGAGGACCAGGCAGCUAUUUCUGGCAAGGUCAAGUCAUUUCUGCUGCAAAAGAGAAUAUCAUAAAAGCGUACUAUCCAGGCUACUUCAUGCAGUCAGUGGAUGGCCAGAUACAGACCAAGCAAGUCCAGGCUGAACAUGAUGACAGCUACCAAGGAUACUCUGUGGCUGUUGGAGAGUUUAGUGGUGAUGCAGUUGAAGAUUUCGUUGCCGGCGUUCCAAAGGGGCUCAUGCUUUAUGGUUUGGUGUACAUUCUGAAUGGUACAGAUAUGAGGAUGCUGGCAAACUACUCUGGGGAGCAAAUGGGAUCAUAUUUUGGCUAUUCAGUGGCAACAUCUGAUAUCAACAGUGACGGGUUGGUGGACUUGUUGGUGGGAGCCCCUUUGUUCAUGGUGCGGGGGUCCGGGGGUCGACUGGAGGAAAUGGGAAGGGUCUAUGUUUACUUACAGAAUGCCCCCCUCAGCCUGGACCUGAAACUACCUCACCUCACCGGAACACAGGUGUACGGCAGAUUUGGGAACACCAUCGCACCUUUGGGAGACCUGAACCAGGAUGGCUUCAAUGAUGUGGCUAUCAGCUCCCCUUUUGCCGGAGACGACCACCAGGGCCUUGUUUACAUCUAUAACGGCUUCUCCGAGGGGCUACGGGAUAAACCAUCUCAGGUGAUCGUGGGACAGUGGGCCUCUGGUAACUUCCCCGCCAGUUUCGGUUUUUCCCUUCGAGGAGCUCUGGAUCUCGACAUGAACGGCUACCCUGACCUCAUCGUGGGCGCUUUCGGUGUUGAUAAGGCCAUUCUUUAUAGGUCACGCCCUAUAGUUAACACCACGGCUUCACUCACGGUGCACCCAGGCAUGAUCAACCCCGAGGAGAAGAAUUGUGUCGACAACGCUAGCGUUCCUGUUUCCUGUGUCAAUGUGAGUUUCUGCUUAUCUGCUGAUGGAAAGCACCUCCCAGAUGUCCUUGAUUUCCAGGUGGAGGUGCAGCUCGAUAGCCGGGAUCACAAAAAGAAGGGGGCCGUGAAGAGGGCUCUGUUUUUGGAGACCCAGAUGCCCCGCCUGCAGAAAAGUGUGCGAGUGCGUCACGGCCAGCGCACGUGUGACCACAAAAUGAUCUACCUAAGAGACGAGAAGGAAUUUCGAGAUAAACUUUCGCCCAUUUACGUGGCGUUCAACUACAGCCUGGACCCCACAGCGGCAGAGGACUCCCACGGACUCAGGCCCAUCCUCAACUACCACACCACCGGCGUGAUAGAGCAGAAGGCUCAGAUUCUGCUGGACUGUGGGGAAGACAACAUCUGUGUUCCUGACUUGAAGCUGGCCGUGCUUGGUGAUCGUAAAGAAGUGUACCUGGGUGAUGACAACGCGCUGACCUUGACUUUCAACGCCAGAAAUGAAGGAGAGGGCGGGGCUUAUGAGGCCGAGCUCUAUGUGGUCCUGCCCCCUGAAGCUGAUUACACUGGGAUCGCCAGGAACAAUGAGAGCCGGAACCAGCUUACGUGUAGCUACAACACCGAGAAUCAGACCAGAUAUCUGACUUGUGAACUGGGAAACCCCAUGAAGUCAGGCACCAGCAUGUGGGAGGGGCUACGUUUUACAGUGCCCAGACUAAAGGACACGCACAAGACUGUCCAGUUCGACUUACAGAUUCGCAGUAAAAACGAGAAUAAUUCCCACAGCGAGGUGGUGACCUACAAGCUGGAGGUGGUUGUCCAGGCAGAUGUCAUUUUACAAGGUGUGUCUCGGCCUGAUAAGGUCUUUUUCCCGCCGGCCAACUGGAAAGUGACCAAAAGCUACGGCCAGGAGCAGGACAUCGGACCUGCUGUGGAACACAUCUAUGAGCUUGUGAACAACGGUCCAAGUCGUAUCAGCCACACCCUCCUGAAGCUGCACUGCCCUCUCAACAUCGACGAGCAUUCUCUGCUUUACCCUGUGGAGUUCUUCACUGAGGGCCCCAUCAACUGUACCUCAGCCCACCAAAUGAACGCACAGAACCUCAAGAUCCAACGCACAGCCACAGAAUCUCCACUCCUGGCUCUAAAAGGCAGUGACCACCGCAUCGAGAAGAGGGACGUGCACAAGAACCAGCUCUCACAUUUAACUAACCUGUCUUGUUCGAACGUCGAAUGCUGGACGCUUCAAUGCAACGUGGGUCUCCUGGAGCGAGGGACCACUGCUAUCCUCAAAGUGCGCUCUCGAGUCUGGGCAGAGACUUUCAUGGAGAGAGCCUAUAAGCAGUAUGUGCUGGAGUGCCUGGCCCGCUACAGUGUGGAGAAGAUGCCGUAUGCGAUUCUACCGAAACAUGCGCCAAGUGGACAAAAAAAGGUGGUGACUCCAGUGGUAUGGAACAAGCCUGAUAUUGAAAACUCAGUUCCUCUUUGGAUCAUUAUUCUGGCUGUUUUAGUUGGACUUCUCCUGCUGGCUCUGCUCAUUUACAUCUUAUACAAGUUGGGUUUCUUCAAGAGAUCGGUUCCCUACGGCACCGCGAUGGAGAAGGCACAGCUCAAACCACAGGCUGCAUCAGAGGCUUAAAGCGUUUGAUCGUCCUGUACGAGAACCACAAUACCUGGCCUUAUGAUUGCAACGAAGAGAUGGAUUGGAAGAGGGAGAACGAGAGCGUGAUAGCGGAAGACAGAAGGAAAGAAAGAAGAGAGACCACUGGAACUCCAUUGUGCUGCACUAAACAACAAUCCAAAGAUCUCCAAACCAAAUGAAUGUUUUUUUUUCAUGUUAUUUAUGUUUUUAUCUGACUUUUUGGGACUGAAAACAAACAGACAUUUAUAUCAGUGUUACAAAACAACUAUGGAGAAUUACAAAGAAGUGACUGAAGAACUGUAGUCCACCGUCUUGACGAAUACGUGGAUUUCAGAAGAUACAUAACGUCUGAUUUUUGUGUUGUUUUUUUUUUUCUGGGACAAAUUUUAAACCACCUGUAAUUGCCUUUGGUGCUUGAACUGCUGUGUCCACUGUCAGGAGAAUAGUGGACAUAUAAGACGGAUAUGGACCCUAUAGCGCUGUAUACCAGAGCUGUGUACUCACGAUUACAGAUUUUUAACUUCAGGAUUGAACUAGAGGUGGGCGAUAUUGACAAAAAUGUAUAUCUCGAUUGAUUAUACAUUCUCGAUAACAAUAAUCAGACUAUUUUGUGCUAAAAUACUGCAUUUGAUUAUUUUAAGAGUGCAGAUAUACCAGGUCAAAUAUUAGUCCAGUAAAAGUUAAAGUGCUGAACCAUUCACUGUAGCAAAUAUAUGUGUUUUGAAAGUACUUCUUACCAAAAUUUUAAAUAAGUGCAACAAAUAAUAACUUUGAAGCUUCUAAAAAAUUAUGGAAGCAAAAAUAAGACAACAGUGGUAUCUCUUUAUACCCUUAUUUGGGAGAAUACACUAUAUGUUUUUGUCUCUCUUAAAUGUAAUUCUUAAAAAUAUUCUAACUACGCUUAUCAUUGCGAUAUCCAUUUUUUGAUAUAUCGGCCACCUCUGUAUUGAACCGACUCGUGCAGGGCAGUGAAAUACGGCUCAGGUUGGUGGACAGUGUAGGCGGAGAUGGACUCAAAGGAAAUCUACUGAUGUUAGACCCAAAGACUGACUCCUUCCUUUGAUGUCCGGACUCUGCGCUGUACAAAUGCUGCAGUGGCUGUUGCUAAUGACAACUGGGAAGAGACUGGACCACUCCUGACCACCUGAGAACCUCAUUGAAAACAGCGGGAGCAAUUUUGACUCUAUCGAAAUGCAAAAGUAAUGAUAUAUGUGUUGAGUAGGGCUGAACAAUUUUGGAAUUGCGAUUAGUUUUGCAGUUUUUUAAAUUUCUGUUCAAAGUCCACAUUUUAAAUCCGUCCAGGAGCAUUCACAUUUGAAAGAAGACUGAAAUCUAAUCUAAGAAUGCCUUUCAGAACAUGUUUGUAGAGGUUUAAACUUACAGAUAAGCAGCUUUUAGACAUGAUUAGACACAAUGUUUUUUUGUUUAUACAGGGAAUUGUUACUCAAACAAUUGCAGUCUUCUUUGAGAUUUGCUAAUUGCAACCAUUGUAAUUGUGAUAUACUGUAGCCCUAAUGCCAACAAAUGUCUCAAAUGACCCAGGACCAGGAAGUAUAGCCAUAGAUUAUCAAGGAGAACCAAAGACAAGACAAUCAGGAGCAGCGCUGUAGCAUCACCAGUCCUCAGGAGCUCACUGACUUACUGUAUUUUAGUCACCCAUUGAGACACACUAUGUAACUUUUCUAUUAGUGGGUCUGCAACUAGUUUGAGAAGUUAUUGCUUUAGACUUGAAAGUUGCACAGUAUGGCAUUUAAGUAAGUUAUCUUCAUGGAAACAAGUAGAUCUGGGGACUCACUCACAGUAAGAAUAAAUGUUUUCAGGCUAUUUUUCGAGCAAUAAAACAUCCAUAAUGAAAUAAAUGCUAGAUAACUUAAUGGAUUGGUAUAUUGUGGAACAUUCCAGGCAAUAACAUCCCCAUGGAGACAAGCAACUAGUGGAUCCAUACCAGUAAAGUUACAUAGUGCGCCUUUAAGACAACUACAUUUGUUAAAGUCACCAAAACGGCUCCAGGGACAUAGACUUUAAUUCAUCCUAAAGAUUUGUUGAGUGCCUUAAUGUAAAUACUGUUAGCGGGUUGUGUGUUUGAAAUGAGAGACUGUAUUCAAAUGCAUUUGUGUGAGUGGUGUAUUUAUGAGUGUGUCAGUAUGAGUGGCCUUCCCAGUGCUGCGUUCAUCCCUCCAAACUUCACAACAAUUCGAUUUUUAAAGUGCGUAUGACUGAUUUUUAGGGUUUUCUAUGAUUUUUACAGACUUAAAUGGGAUAAUACCUGUUUUUGGUUUUUUUACACCAAGAAGUAAUUUGUGAAGAAAAUUUGAAAAAUAUGUUGAAAAUUACAGAAAAGUGUUUUUGUGGACAUCAUGCUAGAGAGAAUUCUAUGGAAAUGUUCAGCACAAUUUACAUGUAAGAAAUACUAUUAUUUCAACAAAAUAUAUUUUUAUUUGUCAAAUAACCAUUUCUGUGUACGUUUUAGGAGUUUGGCCCAGUGUACAUGAGUGCUAAAUAACAACUAUGGUAUUCCUCAGUACGAUGUUAUGAUUUAGGAAAAUUUUAAAUAUAAUAAUGAUCUUAACGGUCUUCUAGUAAAAGGAGUAGUCUGACCUGUCAUAGGCACUUUAAACUAGUGCAAGCAUGUUUUUGUAGAGUGACUUUGUACCUCAAAGGGAUCAUGUACUGGCACUGGGAACACGAUGUAGUUUGAAAGUGCAAUAUUUAUAUUCACCUUUGUUUCAUUACAGUGAGUUUUAUUUGUGACUGCUUUUAUUUCUGAUGGAGCAGAGUGUGUGGGUUUGUGCUUUCACUUACUGUACUCUCACCAAGCCAACAGCAGGAGUGCCACACUUACUACUAAGAUUUCACACGUUUGAGCACAUUUCUGGUCCAUUUCUCCUAUUCCCAAGACUGACUCCAAACUGUGUUUAGCAGUAACUGGGUAAUUUAAGUUCUCUGUGUCCAGAGUGUACCAGUGAAUACUAUUAGACAAACAUGCAUUUGUCCUGUAGCUAGACAUCUGUCUAUAACAAGCCUGGACAUCAGAAAAGCAAUGGGACUAUUUCCAUAAUAACCUUUUAAGACAGUCUGGUUAAAGAAUUAUAUUGUGUUGACUCUGAAUGGGACUCACUCCACCGUGGUUACUUCAGGAGAAAGCACUGGGUUUUUCUUGUUCAUGUUGUGGCCCAUUUUUCUAGUUCUCUCUGACUUUCAAAAGAAGUUGUACAUAUUUAUGACAAGGAGAGUAUUUGGAUUCGAAUGCUAACUAAGUUGUUGUGAAUUUUUCACCCCAUAUUGGGGACAUCAUGUUUGUUGGGGGGAUGAAAUGGGCUCUUUGGAAGUCAGUUGUUACGUGUUUGUUUAAUAAAGUAUUUCCAUUUUUAAAA